AAUAGGUUACCAAUAUGAAGUAACCAGACACACACUCAAAAAUUGGAUGACCGGCUAUAUAUUCAAGCUCUCACAAGUUGACCAGUCGGCCAGUGAUCUCACCUAUAAAUACAGUUCCUACAGAAGAAGGAGAAGAAGCAAAAAAAGAUGCAAAUUUUUCCAGAAAGUCUCAUAAGACUCUGGAAUGGAUGGGAGAUCCGUGUGCUCGUUUUAUCGAGUCUCUUGCUACAAAUCACACUUAUCGAGCUCGGUGCUCGAAGAAAGUACAUUGCUGGAAUGUGGAUUUCAUUUAUUGUAUGGUUAGCCUAUUUAUCAGCAGACUGGCUAGCAACUGUCGCAUUAGGAAUACUUGCUAGCAGCCAAAAUGAUGAUUUUUCUACCAAUCCAAACUAUUCAAUCCAUGCAUUUUGGGCACCUUUCCUUCUCCUGCACCUUGGCGGCCCAGAUGCCAUCACUUCUUAUUCUUUAGAGGAUAAUGAGCUUUGUUUAAGGCAUUUUCUUGGAUUGUUAAUUGAAGUUGGUGUUGCCUUUUAUGUCUACUUAAUGUAUUUGGAUAACUCUCCUCUCACAUUUAUAGCCAUUCCAGUUUUUAUUGCUGGACUUGUUAAGUAUGGGGAGAGAACUUGGGUGCUUAGAUAUUCAAGCACCAAUCAACUUCAAGAAUCUUUAUCCUCGUUAUCUUCGGUUCCUUCUAACACAAGUAACGGAAACAAGAAGAUUCUUCCGCGAGGACCUUGUCCUUCUCCUUCUACCAAUUUUUUUCAUCGAGCUCAUUACUUGUUCAAAAUGUCUUUACCUUUAUUUGAAGAUCUUAUACUUGGGUUUUCUGAAUCAAACGACAGCCACUCUGUCAUAUCUUCUGUAAGUUCAUCAGAAGAAGCCUUUAAGCUUGUAGAAGUUGAACUCGGAUUGAUCUAUGAUGAGCUUUACACAAAAGCGCCUAUUGUUUAUUCUAAAUUAGGUCUCCUUCUUCGCUCUAUUAGUCUUUUAUCCUCAUUUAUUGCAUUAGUUGUCUUCUCAAUCACCAUUGAUGGUCACCCCCAGUACUCAACAGUUGACAUUGCUCUAACUUACUUAUUGCUAGUUGGAGCUUUUGUUUUAGAAGCAUAUGGAUUAGUGCGUCUCAUUUUCUCUGACCAGACAAUGAUUUGGUUAAGCAAAUCUGGAAGUCCACCAACUAAUUCUAUCUUAAGAACUGUGUAUUUUCUCCAUUUGCAUUACAGAAGUGGAAAAAGAUGGUCAGGAUUGAUGGGACAAUACAAUCUGAUUAGUUCUUGCCUGAAAAAUGAUCCGCCUGAGUGGCUAAAGUACUUUGGAAUUGAUGAACUGAUCAAAGACAUGGACAUAAAGAGGGUAGAAGUGAAUGCUGACGUUAAAGAUGCAAUCUUCAAUCAUAUUCGUAAGAAAGGCGAUCAACUUUAUCAGCAUGGUGAUUUAAAAGUUAAUAAAAUGUUGGACACACAAAUGUUUCGUAGUACCCUAUUGGCUCUGAGAGGAAAUGGAGCGCUUCAACAAGCCAUUACAGUAUUUCUUGAAGAUGCCGAUGUGUUCUUUGAAGCUAUAUCAUUUAGCAAUAGCGUAGUCAUUUGGCACUUGGCUACUGAUAUUUGUUAUUAUAGCGAUCUCGAUGAUCAGACUCAUCAAAAUAAAGACUAUUCUAAGCACACACUUAGCAAAACCUUGUCUGAUUACAUGUUGCAUAAUCUUGUGAUGAAUCCAAAUUUGUUGUCUAAAGAGAAUCAGAGCGGGCAUGCUUUUCAAGAUACAAAGGAAGCAAUUCAAGAUUUUCUUUUUAAAGGUGAUAUUGGCAAGAAGACGAGCUAUAGUGAAAAAGAAGCUUGCUUGAAAAUACUUGAAGCCAACUUUGCAGAAGACGAUCUCGAGAAACAAAUUUUUAGUACAGAACAGAUGAAGAGCUUUAUGCUAGUUGGUGGAUAUCUUCUUGCAAAACAAUUGAAGUCAACGGAAUUUGAGGAGAAAUGGGAUGUGGUAAGUGAAGUUUGGAUAGAAAUGGUUGCUUAUGCUGCGAGUCAUUGUGAUUGGAAGGAACAUGCUCAAAAACUUAGAAAGGGUGGAGAUUUACUAACUCAUGUUUGUAUUCUGAUGGCUCAUUUUGGUUUAAGUGAUCAAUUUAAAGAAGCUCAUCUGACGCAAUUCCAAGAGAGUACUUUUAAUUUGUUCGGUGAGUAAAGGAGAUCCCAAUAUUGGCCCCUGAAGGUUUGAUUCUGAUAGCCAUGAACUUAAAGAAGAGGUCUGCUAUUUUCUUUUUUUUUCUUUUUUGGUACAAACUUUGGAUUGGACCUUUAAUGGGGCAGGACAGGGACAAAGUUAUCAUUUUUAAUCUUUUUGAUAAAUUUGUGAUAUUAUAUCCUGUAAGAGAACUAGAAUGAAUUGGUAACCUUGCAAUUGAAUCUUUAUACAAGUAUAGCAUUGUGUCAAAAUA